CUAUCCUCCUCAUCCCAAUACCUUCAAAAACUCCAUUGAAAUUUUCAUCAACUCCCAAAACAUUUCAAUGGCUUCCAUUUUGGACAACUUCACAUUCAUAAUCAUUGUGUUCCCAGCAUUCGGUUUCAUUUUGUUAUGCAUGGCUUUGUUUGCACUACGUUGCUACUUAAAGAAGAAGAAGAAGAGCAUGACAACAUUGGUUGAAGAAAAAGAAGUUAAGCACAUUGAUGAGCAUCUGAGAGUUAAGGAAGCCAUUGUUGAAGGUCCACAUGGACGGCCAGAGACUGUGGUGCUAUCAAUGGAGGAAGAUUUACAUGUAGAUGAUGACAUUAUUAGGAAAAAGAAAGAGUUAAAAGCUGAAAAUCUACAUGCCAAAUCUUCAGAAACAACCCCUUCUGCUCUUGAAGCUGGACAGUCUUCAACUCAUGGUUUUCAUGUAAAAUGAAUAGAAAGGGUAUGAGAAUAAUUGUCAUGUCAAAUUAUUUAUUUUCUUUGUUUAGUACUGUCAAUUUGCUCCUUGUGUGAGAAUAAGAUCUAUAUUAAUGAUGAUUUACAUAUGUCUAUAAAUAUCCUUCAUUUAUAAUGAGCAUGUAUAUCAUAGAGUA